UUUUGUUUCCCUAUUUCUACAGAGUUCAAUGCAGCUGAAUCUGACGCCAGACUGUAACAAAACUAGCAUAACCAUCUUGGGAAAUACUGAUGUUGAAAUUCACUGGCGUCACACAGAUUUAUUUGAGAUCAAUCUCAUCCAUAAAGAAGAUUUUGGUAUGGGAGGGUCAGCGCAGUAUGAGAUCAAACUGCUGAAUGCCAAAAAAUUCGAAGACAAAAUCUCCAUUACCCUGCCAGCUACUGGCCAGAGAGCGGAGAUAGACGUGAAUUGUAAACCCGUAGAAAAAGCACCAUCCCCGACCAUCAUCGAUGUAGCCAGCUGGGCAAUCAUGCUUGGGCUUGGUCUACUGUUACUGUACUGGGUACUAAAGGCCACGCCAAGGAGAUCACAGCAACCCAGAGCCAGAGAUACUGCUACGUCGAGCAGUUUAGCUCCUAGUACUCCUGAUCGAAGCAGCGUUAAUGUUAUAAAUGACAAAUCUCCACGGACGCCUCAGCCUUUUGUGGACUAUGUCAGGAGAACCAUUGAUGAAACUCCAUACUACAGGCGGGAAGGAAGAAGGAUUAAUCCACAAAAUACGUAUUAGACUCUGCCCACCCCCUGCUAUUCUUCCCACAUUAGAUGUAGUGCUUUCUCUUUAUUGGGCCACGUAGAUGUAAUGUAAAUUUUACGGUGUAAUAAUACUGUGUUUGUCAGCCUGAAUGAGAUUAUAGGAUCUUAGUUAAAUUCUUAAUCGGAACUCGAUUAAUCAAGAAAUGAAUUUUGCCAAUUUGAGCGGAACUAUUUUGUCGUAUGAAUAUUUUUCAUGUGAAUUAGAAUUUUUAUCGUGAGAUGUAGGGUAA